AUGGCCUUCGGCGACCGGUCCUCCACAUAUGAUUCUUCCGAGAUAACUCCUGUACCGAGCGUUCAGUCCAACUCUGCUGCCCAACAGCUGCCAAACUCGCCCGUGGCAUCCACCGCCACUCCCGCCCCUGUGCCUCCCGCGAAUGCAACACCAAGCUGUGCUUCCUCAUGGAGCGCCAGUUCUGACCGCCAGCUCGGCCACGGUGUUAGUCCCGACCCGACAGAUCGAGUUUUCCCAAUCCGUUCCGUUGUGAGCGUCGACCGCACUGGCAGGACCUCUGGUGAACACGAUUACUUCCCGCGAGUGCCUGACCAUGGCCAGUAUCAAGCACCCCGUCCGGGCAACCCUCGUAUUGAUACUGCCACCUUCGAGUCUGCCCCUCAUCGCGAUUCCACCUCAACGCCAUUGUCUAACGCUGCCUCGCCGAGCGACCGUCAUGGCGUACGGACGAGAAGGAAGAUCGCAGGGUCCGGCCCAAUAUCCAGCGUUCAAGCUGAUGCCGCUCGUCACAACAGUUCGCAACCACUAGAAAUAUUUCAAGAUUUUGCGUCAGACGGCGAGGGUUCCUCUGCACAAGGAGAUGGUUCUUCACAUCAAAUGUCCUUCUCCACCGGUGUCCUCGGCGAAACUGGUAACGACGGUCUGCUGACGACACGAUUCAAGCACGUCGUGACGGAUGAAGGUCACCAUGUUAUCACAGGCACCGAUGGCGUUCUUCAGCGAUGCGAGGAUGAACCCAUCCAUACACCCGGCUCUGUUCAGGGGUUCGGCGCAUUGGUGGCUGUUCGCGAAGAAAGCGAUGGCCGGUUGUCUGUUCGGUACGCUAGUGAGAACACGGGAAUGUUGAUAGGGUAUUCGCCACAGCACUUGUUCCGCCUCGGCAACUUCUUGGACAUUUUGAGCGAGGAGCAGCAAGACAACUUGCUCGACCACAUCGAUUUCAUCCGCGACGAAGAUGCCGACCCAGCUGUCAACGGACCGGAGGUCUUUAGUAUAUCCGUGCGCCCGCCGAAGAAAAAGAGCGUCAAACUGUGGUGCGCCAUUCACAUCAACCCAGCACAUCCCGACUUGGUCAUUUGCGAAUUUGAAGUUGAUGAUGACCGUCGGUUCCCCCUACGGCCGCCAGACGAGCCCACCCCGAUGACCCCCGAGGAUACGUUACAGUCAAACCCCACAGCCGAGGAGCUGGCCGAGAGCACUGCGAUCCUGAGCAAGCCCCUGAGAGUUUUGCGGAGUGCGCGCAAGCGUAGAGGUGAUGCUGGGGCCAUGCAAGUGUUCGACAUCAUGUCCCAGGUGCAGGAACAGCUUGCAGGGGCCUCGAACCUGGAAGGUUUCCUCAAGAUCCUAGUAGGCAUCGUCAAGGAACUGACUGGCUUUCACCGGGUCAUGAUUUACCAGUUUGACUCGUCCUUCAAUGGCAAGGUUGUCACCGAGCUCGUUGACACCACACAAACCAAAGACCUGUACAAGGGCCUGCACUUCCCCGCCUCCGACAUCCCACGGCAGGCUCGAGAGCUGUACAAGCUGAACAAAGUAAGGCUUCUCUACGACAGAGACUUGGAUACAGCCCGCCUUGUAUGUAAAACAAAAGAAGACCUCGACGUGCCGCUAGAUCUCAGCCAUUCAUACCUCCGCGCCAUGUCACCUAUCCACCUCAAAUACUUGAAAAACAUGGCCGUUCGCUCAUCAAUGUCGGUUUCCAUCAAUGCCUUCAACGAGCUGUGGGGCCUCAUCGCCUGUCACUCAUACGGCCGCAAGGGUAUGCGUGUAUCGUUUCCGAUUCGCAAAAUGUGCCGUCUGGUUGGAGACACCGCUUCACGCAACAUUGAAAGACUGUCGUAUGCCACUCGGCUUCAAGCGCGGAAACUCAUCAACACGGUGCCUACUGAAAAAAACCCGUCUGGCUACAUUAUUGCUUCAUCUGACGAUCUCUUGAAGCUGUUCGAUGCCGACUUUGGCAUGCUAUCCAUCAAGGGAGAAACCAAGAUUCUUGGUGAUAUCGAGCAUUCGCAAGAGGCCUUGGCAAUGCUAGAAUACCUUCGGCUGCGCGAGUUGACAUCCGUCGUAACGUCUCAGGAUAUUCGCGAAGACUUUCCAGACCUACGGUAUCCUCUUGGUUUCGCCGUUAUCGCGGGUCUAUUAUACGUCCCUUUGAGCGUCGGAGGUAACGAUUUCAUCGUAUUCUUUCGGAAAUGCCAGGUCAAGGAGGUCAAGUGGGCUGGAAAUCCGUACCAGAAGACAUUGCGUGAAGGAACAGCUGCGUAUCUGGAACCCAGAAAAAGCUUCAAAAGCUGGCACGAGACAGUGCUCGGGAAAUCCCGAGAAUGGUCAGAGGAACAAGUCGAGACAGCCGCCGUCCUUUGCUUGGUCUAUGGCAAAUUUAUCGAAGUUUGGAGACAGAAGGAAGCAGCAUUGCAGAGCAGUCGCCUUACUAGGCUGUUGCUUGCAAACUCCGCCCACGAAGUCCGCACCCCGCUCAACGCCAUCAUCAAUUAUCUCGAAAUUGCGCUAGAAGGCUCGCUCGACCAGGAGACCCGUGACAACCUUGCCAAGUCCCACUCAGCAUCCAAGUCGCUGAUUUACGUCAUCAACGACUUGCUCGAUUUGACCAAAACAGAGGAAGGAAAGAACUUGAUCAAAGACGAGGUUUUCGAUUUUGGAAUGUGUAUCCGUGAAGCGACCGAUCCAUUCAUGAAUGACGCAAAGAGAAAGGGGAUUGAAUAUCAGGUCAUCGAGCAUCCUGGUCUGCCCCAGCAUGUUUGCGGUGACAGCCGGCGGUUAAGACAGGCCAUUUCGAACGUCGCAGCCAACGCUGUACAGAACACUUCGAAGGGCUAUGUAAGAGUUGAACUAUACGUCAGCGAGGUUUUAGAUCAACGGGUAUGUAUCGAAAUCGUUAUCGAAGACACAGGAAAGGGCAUGACUCCUAAGCAACUGGACACCUUAUUUCGAGACCUUGAGCAGGUCAGCGUGGAGAUUGAUGAGACAAGCUUUAUGUCUCCAGAAGACCUCGACCCUGGCAAGGAUAAGAGGAUAUUGGGAUUGGGUCUGGCGGUUGUCGCGAGAAUCGUCCGCAACAUGGACGGCCAGCUGCGCUUGAAAUCGGAACAUGACAAGGGAUCGAGAUUCGUCAUACAGUUGCCCUUUGACCUCCCUCAAGAGGCAACCACAGCCGCCGAAGCCGGUCAGAGCUCUGCGAAUUCGAAUGCAGCCUCCAGCGUGGCGUCUGUCACAAAAGCGAUCAUGCCGGAUAAGAAUGGCGAGAUGAUGCUGAUCGAUAGGGGAAGCAAACUGUCUGUUCUCGACGAAGGAAUGGCAGACGCGGGGGGCGCAGAGACACAGAGUUUGGAAAGCAGGAAGAGCGUUGCUACAGCAGGAAGCAAGAACAGUGGACGGAGCUCUCGAAGUAAUGCCGAACGCUUGUUCGACGCGAUGCAAACGUCUCUUGCCAUCGGAGAUGCCGACUCGAACCGGCCAGCUGCUCACCGGCAGUACUCUAGGGAGCAUUUUGGUCGACCAUCGUCCUCGGAGGGGCAGAAUACCUCAUCCGCCUCGGCCGCCAGACUGAUGGAAUCAUCAAAUCCGCGUGGAAGCGACCUGAACAUCUCGAAAACUGUCACAGCCGAACCGUUACAACGUCCCGAAGUUGGGUUUGUGAGCGUUAUGGAUGCAAAAACGCCCGUCAGGGCAGUUAAGGUACCUGACACAUAUUUCGAACAGCCGUCAAAGGUUCAGGAAAGUGAAUCAUCUCGAGUCCUGUUUGAAGUACAUGACCACCCCAAGGAUCCGGGGACUUCGGAUGCCGGCACUAUAGGCACCGCCCCCAGCGUCGUCCUGGGUGCCGACAAUACCAAGCUGCAAGUCCUCAUCGCCGAAGACGAUCCGAUCAACUCGAAAAUUCUGCGAAAGCGACUGGAAAAGUCUGGCCAUCAGGUCUCUCACGCCGUCAAUGGAGAAGAUUGUGCGACCAUCUACCGCGAGAAGUCCAUGGCCUUCGAUGUCGUCCUGAUGGAUAUGCAGAUGCCAAUCGUUGAUGGACUGACAAGCACGAAAAUGAUUCGAGCAUUCGAGAAGUCUAGUGACCAUGGAGGUCACUCCGCAAUAGCGACCCAUAACGGCGGAAUUCCUAUCUUCGCGGUCUCGGCAUCCCUCAUCGAGCGGGAGAGGGACAAAUACAUAGAUGCCGGGUUUGAUGGCUGGAUCCUCAAGCCAGUCGACUUCAAGCGACUAAACACUUUGCUGCUAGGCAUUGUAGAGGACGACGUCCGCGCGGCAUGCCUUUAUGCUCCCGGCCAGUGGGAGCAGGGAGGCUGGUUCAAUCUCCGAGAAAAAACGAGCAAGGUCGGUGUUGACCAAACGCCGCCGGUUGAGACAUCGAAAGUCUCGCCCACAGAUCCUUCAUCGAAGGAAACAAUCGAUUGUAGCUUGGACGCCCAAAGCUGA